AUGGCUGAAGAAGUUCAGCGGAAACAAUUGGUGUAUGGGAACAAAGUAUCGAGGGAGGUACGUGUUUUCUUCUCAAAAUCAAACCAAUUUGUUUAUGGUUUGCGGAUGGGUCAUAAAGUGAAAGCACUUAGGGAGAGACUAGCUGACAUCGAUGCUGACAGUAAACAAUUCAACUUUGAGGUUCGUGAUGAGGAGAAAGCUUCUUUGACCACGAAUGUUUCUGUCAUCUCAAUAGUUGGAAUAGGUGGAUUGGGGAAGACCACACUAGCUCAACAUGCUUUCAAUGAUGAGCAAGUUAAGGUGCACUUUGGCGUGAAACUCUGGGUUAGUGUCUCAGGUGGUUUAGUGAUUUGA